GGGCCAUGAAGGCAGCGCGGGCACGCAGGCUGUGGGCUUGCGGUAGCUAGCAGAGGAGGAGGGGGCAUUGUUGUCGUUUUUCGAGGGCUUGUGUGUCAAGCUUUUGUCCAGGAGAAAUGGCCGGGAUUAAAGCUCUGAUCAGCCUGUCUUUCGGAGGAGCCAUCGGCCUCAUGUUCCUCAUGCUCGGAUGUGCCCUUCCCGUGUACGACAAAUACUGGCCCUUGUUCCUGCUCUUCUUCUACAUCCUCUCCCCCAUCCCUUACUGCAUCUCGCGGAGGGUGGUGGACGACACAGACUCGGCCAGCAACGCCUGCAAAGAGCUGGCCAUAUUCCUCACGACGGGCAUCGUCAUCUCAGCCUUCGGCCUGCCCAUCAUCUUCGCUAGAGCUGAAGUAAUCGCCUGGGGCGCGUGUGCCCUCGUGCUAACGGGUAACGUAGUGAUCUUCGGGACCAUCCUGGGCUUCUUCCUGGUCUUCGGAUCCAACGACGACUUCAGUUGGCAGCAGUGGUAAACCGCAGCGGGACGGGGGACUUUAGUCUGAACUGUUUUUAUUAUUAGCAUUCUAAUUAUUAUUGGUAUUACUGUUUGGUUCUUGUUGUUGUUAUUUAUAUGGCCGCCCAUCCAUAGACUCACACAAAACCAGUGCAAUACUUUAAUUUUUUCUUCUUCUUUUUUUUUUCUUUUCUUUUUUUUUUUUUAAAGAAAAACUGACACAAGUUGGAUGGAAAAUGCUGCCCCUCAGUUGGGUUUUUUUUUCAUUUAACUCCCAUGUUCUUCUGCUUCCUGGUUUCUCUUGAUCCGUGCAUCCGCUUACAUCUUGAAUAUUGUAAGCUGAUGAAUGUAGAUCAAAACUGCUCAUGUUAUCUGUGCAAACGUGUAGAGAAAAAAAAAAAUCCAAAUGAAUGUUUAAAAAAAAAAAAAAUAGAAAAGACCUGAUAUGACCAAAAGAACAGGGUCCCAGCUGCCUGACCUCCAUUUCCUGUUCAGUAGAUUUUCUGUGAAAAAGCCUGGGAGCUUCUUCCGUGCCAGACGGCAGAGAUGAGUGUGCACGUCCCGUCCAGGUGCUGAGUGUGAAUCAGCAGAAAACUGACUGAAAACCUGCGCGGUAUUAGCUUCGGUUUCACCGCUCACACUUUGGAAAAAAAAAAAAAACAGAGUUUCCAUUCAGCGAGGAUCUUUCUAAGCUCUAAUGAGGAGCCGGAUCAGGUGGAAACAGUCAUUUUGCUUUUGUUUUAUCACAGUAAAACGGUGAAACCUCAGCUAAUUGCAUGCAGAUUUUGUCACAUUUCUGCUUUUUUUUUUUUCUUUGAAUAAUGCCGCCAUCAGAAAGCUGUGUAAUUUGGCAUUAAUUUUGUGCUGAUCAAUAUGUGAAGGACUUAGUCAGUUACUGCCACAAUCCCUACACUUCCUCUCCACCCUUGCACCUGUGUAAAUGUGAUUCAGAGCAGUUGGUUUUGCAGCAAUGUGAUUUCUUUAUUUAUUUCUCUCUCUCUUUUUUUUUUUUUUGGCUUUUUGUUGCUUGUCACAUGCCUGUUAUUUCUGGGGAUGCUGUUGAGUGCGAGCGCUUGUCUCCUCUGCAUGCUGCUGUCACUUCUGUGUUGGAACAAACUCGAUGUGGUGAGAAGGAACAAACGGCACCCAGAGGAGUCGGAUCAUUUGUCCCUCACCACGCAGGCCAGGGAUCAAAUUAAAAUGACUUGGCCAUUUUUGCCGACUCGAGGCAGGCUGCUUUUUUUUAUUUAUUAAUUAAUUUUUUUUUUUUUUUUUGCCGCGUCCUGCCCGGCGUUUUGCACAGGACAGCUCUCCACCUUGCUGUAAGUGAAGCUUUGUGAGCUCGACCUCGACUCGAUCCAGCGAGCGAGGCUGAGAACGCGUGAAAAUCCAGCAGCAGCUGGUUAGUGUGGGAUUAGCCCGGUGGGAAGCAUAGCCAAGCUGAGACCUGGGCUGCUUAUGGCCAAGGCUUGGUCAAGCUCUAAUGGCCCUCAAGCAUUAAAAUGUGACUGUUUACCUCCAACCCCCUCAAAGAAAACAAAGCCAGCAGUUUUUUUUUUUUUUUUUGGAAUGUAAGCUUGGCAUCAUUAUGAAAUGUUUCCCUAAAAGCACAUCAGAUCCAGACUGAGCACACGCACCAUCACUUCUUCUCACAUUAGGAAAAUGCUUUCAUGUUUGUUUGUUUUUUUUUCUCAACUUGUUUUCAGUGAAAGUUUGUGCUGUCAUGCUCUCGGCCUGUGUGAGGGAAAUGUGUGUGUCAGAAGUCAGGUGCAGCCUUCCUUCCAGUUUGCUGUUACAUGUAACUGCAUUAAGUGCAAGAUAAGCAAGGAAUUAGGCGUCUGCUGCUCCCGUGUCCGUGCACUGUGGGUCUGUUGGAAGGACGGCUGAGUGUUGAGCCGAUGUUUGUUACCGAUGUUGUUUUGUUUUUGUUUUGUUUGUUUGUUAUGGAUGGCACAGUUAUCUUGGAAUAUGUGCUCUCUGGAAGACGCAGAGACAAGACUGAGGGUUCUGCUCUUAAAUGGCACAAGUCAUUACCUCAAGUUCACGCUUUAUCUCACUUCCACAAACUUUAUUGGCAUUUAAGUGAAGAAACCGCAUUUCCAACAAUUAUACAAUAUGAUUCACAAUCUGCAGGGUUCCCACAGGUCAGGCACUUUCUGAAAUGUUUUAAAAAAUUUUAAUUGCAGACAGGAAAUUGAAUAGAUUCAUCGGACAAGAGACUGACAAAUAGUGGAAUUAAAUCAGCCUCAAUUAAAUUAAAUUAAUUAAUUAAUUAAAAAAAUAACAGUUAUUUACCAAACAUAUUGUUUCUUUUUCACAGUGUUCAUGUUAUGCCCACAUUCUCCUGCAGAAUAAAAGAAAUUAAUAAUAAUUUAAUCAAAUUGCUGAAGUGAGUGGGACACCUGAAUCUAAAAUACAUCAGAUUAAGUCUUAACAUAAUUAUUUUCUCAGCUCAGACCUUCUCCACUUUGCAGGAAAGAACCAUCAUUUGUUCAUUUUCUUACCAGUAGUUCUCCCUCUUCUUUUUUUUUUCUCCCCUCCCCAGAUGACAGAUUUCUCAUUUUGGACCAGAACCUGACAGGAAGUGGAGGCACUGAUGAGUUUUAAUAGUCUGGCUCAUUUUUCUGGGCCAGUUCUUCCAGAGAGCACGAGAAGCUACUGAUUGUAUUAACACCACGACGAGAGCGCCUUUUUUUUUUUUUUUUACGGCUCCAGCUGCAAAUGAGCAUUGUUACCUUGUUGUAUCGAAAUAAUGUUAAACUACUGACAUGUUUCUUUCAUAUUGUGUAAUACCAGCUUGAAGCUAAAGCAACACACUCCUGGUUGCAGAUGUACAUGUUGGCGGCGAGCGGAGUGACUCCAUGUUGGUGUGAAACUUUUGACACUGCAAGAGUUUUUCCAGACGAAUAUGUCAAAUCUCAGAAAUGUCAUUUUGUAGCUCGAUGUAAAGUCCCCAGCGAAACAAAAUCUGGUCUGUAGUUGUCGGAUGGGUUCGUCUGUGUUUUCUUUUCCAGAGAGAUAUUAUUAUUAUUAUUAUUAUUAAUAUUAUUAUUAUUGUUAUUAUUAUGUUCUUUCACAGAUCCGGGAGACUAUUUUAUUUAUUUCUUUUAUCGGACGCUUUGUGUAGAUGUCCAACGCCAUUUUCUAUCUACAACUUUUGUGUUACAGAGGCAGAAGUCCGCAUGGUGGUUUUCUUUUUUUAAAUAAACGCCAUUUUUGAACA